UGCACUUCAGUUUUGGAGAUGUACACUAAGCUAACCAAACAGAUGAAAGAUGACAGGUACUACCCGGCUCUGAAAACGCUUGAACAGCUGGAACAUACAUACUUACCAAGAGUUAAGGGAUACAGGUUCUCACAGAUAAUGACAGAAAAUAUCCCAAAACUUCGAGAUAGUAUAAAAGAAGCGUCUAUGUCUGAAUUUGUUGAUUUUUUGGAAAAUAUCAGGGAGCAUUCCGACAGAAUUGGUCAGGUAGCUAUGAAACAGGGGCAAAAGCAAUCCAGUAUAGAGGAUCGGGUGACGAAGCAAGGCAAAGAGACAUCAAUUAAAAAGAAUCGUCCUGGUACUAACAGUCCUCCUGAGUCUGAAAGUCAUGGUAACCCAUUUGAUGAUGAUGAUGAUGAUGAAUUCCAAGAGGAUGAAGAUCCGGAUGAAGAAGAGGAGGAG